GGAGCUGUGGGUUCCACUUCUGCUUCAUCUAGAGUAAUGUGCAAUAAUGUACCUGGUCUAGUGGCUCGCCAACGACAACUAUGUCAGCGCUAUCCAGAAAUUAUGCAAGUUAUCGGAUUGGGGGUGAGUGAAUGGAUCGCAGAAUGCCAACAUCAGUUUCGCCAGCACCGGUGGAAUUGCAACACCCUUGAGCGGGACCAGAGUCUGUUUGGGAAGCUGAUUUUACACAGUAGUCGAGAGUCAGCAUUUGUUUAUGCCAUAUCUUCUGCUGGAGUAGUAUAUGCAAUCACAAGAGCUUGUAGCCAAGGGGAUCUGAAAUCAUGUUCUUGUGAUCCAAACAAGCAGGGUUCUGCCAAAGACAGCAAAGGCAGCUUUGAUUGGGGUGGCUGUAGUGAUAACAUAGACUAUGGAAUCAAGUUUGCUAGAGCAUUUGUGGAUUCUAAAGAGAGAAAGGGAAAAGAUGCCCGGGCACUGGUGAACCUUCAUAACAACAGAGCUGGAAGAAAGGCUGUGAAAAGAUUCAUGAAGCAAGAAUGCAAAUGUCAUGGGGUGAGUGGAUCUUGUACUUUGAGGACAUGCUGGCUGACUAUGGGAGAUUUUCGAAAAACUGGGAACCUUCUGAGGAGAAAAUAUAAUGGAGCAAUACAAGUGGUCAUGAAUCAAGAUGGAACUGGUUUUACUAUUGCUAACAAGAGAUUUAAUAAACCCACUACCAGUGACAUCGUAUACUUUGAGAAUUCACCAGAUUAUUGCAUCAGAGACAGGGAUUCCGGUUCAGUGGGGACGGCUGGAAGGAUCUGCAACCAAACCUCAAGAGGAAUGGAUAGCUGUGAGGUUCUGUGCUGUGGGAGAGGAUAUGACACAGCUCGCAUAACCAAACUGGUGAAAUGUGAAUGCAAAUUCCAUUGGUGCUGUGCGGUGCGCUGCAAGGACUGCCUAGAAACUGUGGACGUGCACACGUGCAAAUCGCCCAAAGGUGCCACGUGGAAAGACAAAACAUGA